AUGGACGAGCAGCCAGCGGGAGAGGCAUGUCUAGAUCCCCAGCAGCUGGUGGAUGGAGUCAAUGUGGAGAUGAUGGUAAUGGAUUCCCUGGACCCGGCCCUGCUGCAGAUGAAGACUGAGGUGAUGGACGCCCCUGUGGUCACAGCCCACGAGGCCACUGUCACCACUGUGGAUGAGACCCAGAUCAUCACUCUGCAGGUUGUCAAUUUGAAGGAGCAGCAGCUUGGAGGCCUUGGGGAGCUACAGCUAGUCCAGGUGCCUGUCUCUGCUGUGCCCGUAACGCAGGCCACUGUAGAGGAGCUACAGGGAACCUUUGUGGACGCCACGGCCAUGCCCAAAGAUGGAAACCCUAUGAUCUGCCACACCCUGCCCCUGCCAGAGGGCUUCCAGGUGGUGAAGGUGGGUGCGAAUGGUGAGGUGGAGACAGUGGAGCAGGAUGAGCUCCAGCACCAGGAGGAGCAGCAGGUCCAGCCUGAGGAGGAGGAGGAGCUGCACUGCGAGCCCCAGACUGAAGACCCACAAUGGACCACGGACCCAGACUACCAGCCCCCAGCCAAGAAGACUGCCAAGAAGGCAAAGAAGAGCAAGCUGCGCUACAACACAGAGGGGGACAAAGACAACAUGGAUGUGUCUGUCUAUGACUUUGAGGAGGAGCAGCAGGAGGGGAUGCUCUCUGAGGUCAACGCAGAGAAGGUGGUGGGCAACAUGAAGCCCCCCCAAACCCACCAAGAUCAAGAAGAAGGGUGUGAAGAAAACAUUCCAGUGUGAGCUGUGUAGCUACACCUGUCCCCGCCGCUCCAACCUGGACCGACACAUGAAGAGCCAUACGGACGAGAGGCCCCACAAGUGCCAUCUGUGUGGAAGGGCCUUCAGGACCGUUACCCUGCUGAGGAACCACCUCAACACACACACAGGUACCAGACCACACAAGUGUCAAGAUUGUGACAUGGCCUUUGUGACCAGCGGAGAGCUGGUCCGACAUCGUCGCUACAAGCACACUCAUGAUAAACCCUUCAAGUGCUCCAUGUGUGACUAUGCCAGUGUGGAGGUGAGCAAGCUGAAGCGGCACAUCCGUUCCCACACCGGGGAGCGCCCGUUCCAGUGCAGUCUGUGCAGCUACGCCAGCAGUGACACCUACAAGCUGAAGAGACACAUGAGGACACACUCGGGAGAGAAGCCAUACGAAUGCUACAUCUGCCACGCCCGUUUCACCCAGAGUGGAACCAUGAAGAUGCACAUCCUGCAGAAGCACACAGAGAACGUGGCCAAGUUCCACUGCCCCCACUGUGACACGGUUAUCGCCCGCAAGAGUGACCUGGGUGUCCAUCUGCGUAAGCAGCACUCGUUCAUUGAGCAGGGCAGGAAAUGCCAUUACUGUGAUGCUGUGUUCCACGAGCGCUACGCUCUCAUCCAGCACCAGAAGUCCCACAAGAAUGAGAAACGCUUCAAGUGUGACCAGUGUGACUACUGCUGCAGACAAGAGCGCCACAUGCUGAUGCACAGGCGCACGCACACAGGAGAGAAGCCUUACUCCUGUAGCCAGUGCUAG